AUAUAGCUCUGCGGGCCUAUAUAAGUGGGAGGUUGCCCUUGCCAGAGGGAGCUGUGCUGGAAGCCAGUCCUCAGCACGGGAGCCUGCACACGUGUCUGAUCAGGGCUGGGCACCUUCCUCUCUCGAGCAGUGGGGUUCCCACCGGGCGGCCCCACAUCACAGCCCUUGGGAUGCCCAGCAGAACUGUCCCCUAUUCCCGCUUCAGCCCACGGCAGCGGCGCCGUCGUCUGCUAGCUGAGCGCAGCGUGCACUUCCCCAACGAUGUCCUGUUCCUGGACCACAUCCGUCAGGGCGACCUGGUGCAGGUGGGCCGUUUCAUCCGGGCUCGCAAAGUGGCCCUGGAUACCAUCCACCCCUCAGGCCUGGCGGCCCUGCAUGAAGCCGUGCUCUCUGGAAACCUGGAGUGCGUGAAGCUGCUCGUCAAGUAUGGAGCUGACAUCCACCAGCGCGAUGAGACAGGCUGGACGCCCCUGCACAUUGCCUGCAGCGAUGGGUACCCCGACAUAGCCAGGUACCUCAUCUCCCUGGGGGCAGACAGAGACGCAGCCAACGACGAUGGCGACCUGCCCUCUGACCUGAUUGACCCAGACUUCAAAGACCUGGUGGAGCUCUUCAAAGGACCAGGAUGGACUGAGCCCAGCCCUGCCCUCCCAGGGCUCUCAUCCUCCCUGAGAAAGUCCAGCGCCUACCUCCCCCAAGUGCCAGGACGUGCCCGCGGCGGGGCCAGCGCCGGCCAGGCUGGCCAGGACCCCGUACCUGGGCACGACCCCCGCCCACACCUCUGGCCUGGCUUUUUCUCCAGGUGAAUUUUUUAUUGUGACACUUUUUACUUUUUCAAUAAACGUGAUG